AGCAGCGUCUCGUGCCGGAGCGUGACGCGCGGCGGUGAGCGAGCAGCUGUGUGUUCAGUGAUCAGAGCUGCAGGCCCGCAGCCGGAGCCGCUGCCCGGACACGAUGACGGGGAUCUAACGAGCCUCGUCCGCAGGUGAUCGACGCGGAGAGUAGGUCGCCUCAUCUAAGCUGCUCCGCUUUCUCCACACGCCAUCGUGAAAUAUGGAGGGAGGAAAUUUCGGCUACUCCCGAGACUAUCUGGACCGCUUCAUCCAAAGCCAAGACUCGUCUGUGGUGAACAAGUUCCAGCAGAAGUACUGGAAAACCAAACAGACGCUCAUCAAGGUCACCGGGAAGAAGGAGGACGAGCAUGUGGUGGCGUCAGACGCAGAUCUGGACGCCAAGCUGGAGGUCUUCCACUCCAUCCAGAGAACAUGCAUGGAGCUGCUAAAGGUCAUCGAGCAGUACCAGAGGAGGAUCUGCUAUCUUUCGCAAGAGGAGAACGAGCUGGGUCGUUUCCUGCGCUCGCAGGGCUCGCAGGAUAAAACCAGGGCUGGAAAGAUCAUGCAGGCCACAGGGAAAGCACUGUGCUUCUCCUCCCAGCAGAGACUGGCUCUGAGGAACCCUCUGUGCCGAUUGUACCAGGAGGUCGAAACGUUUCGCUAUCGAGCGAUCUCGGACACGUGGCUGACGGUGAAUCGAAUGGAGCAGUCGAGGACUGAAUACAGAGGAGCGCUGCUGUGGAUGAAGGAUGUUUCUCAGGAGCUGGAUCCAGACACACAUAAACAGAUGGAGAAAUUCCGCAAGGUUCAAGCCCAGGUGCGCACAACCAAAACAAGCUUCGACAAACUGAAGAAUGAUGUCUGCCAGAAGGUGGACCUGCUGGGAGCCAGCCGCUGCAACCUCCUCUCACAUGUUUUAACCACAUAUCAGACGACACUUUUGCACUUCUGGGAGAAGACGUCCCACACGAUGGCAGCCAUCCAUGAGAGCUUCAAGGGCUGUCAGCAUUAUGAGUUCUCCACACUAAAGACCUUACAGGACCCCAUGGACAAGCUGGCUAAGAAGAAGGGGAAGAAGAGAAUCAAAACGGAGAAAGAAGGUGGAAGGAAAGCCGAGACCACGGACGACCAACUCAUCUCACACCAGCAUGAAAACACCAGUGAUAAGACCAGAGAAGGAAAUGGGGAUCUUCUCUCUACUCAUCCAGAGUCGGAGGGAGAGGAGAGGGACAGCAUGGCCUUACUGAACGAGAUCCUGGGCAGCAUGUCGGUGGAGGAGGGCGACUUCUCUCGAGAGUGGACGGAAGUGUUUGGAGACACCGAGGAGGGGACGAGUGCAGCACCAGGUGGUCCAGCGGAGGCCGAACAAAAGGAAAACUCCUUCUUUCUACCAUCUCAGCUGCUGGACCAGAGCUUGAGUAAUGUGCAGUCUUCACUCUCAGAUUGGGCCGGGAUUGUUCCACAGCCCGUCGCCCAGGCAACGGAGCACUCAUCUGGAGCCAAUCAGAACCUUCCUAAGCCAGCAGUAAAAGAGACGGCAGGGACGUCCAAUGACCUCUCGGCGUGGUUCAACCUGUUUGCUGACUUGGACCCGCUCUCCAAUCCCGAUGCGGUCGGCAAAACUGACGCAGAACACGAACUUCACAACGCAUAGUUCUUCCUCAGCUUCACGGUGAUCUGAAAUGGGCGCCUUCGUUAGUGAGUACAGCAGAAUAAAGCUGCCACUGUGACCCGAGACAAAUCUGAUGAGCAACACACAACUGUUUUCUCUUUAGACUUAAAUUUGAUUUAUAGCUGAGACAAUUAGUCAGUUAAUCUACAGUAAAUUCAUUUUUUGAUAAUUGGAAGAAGUACUACUGCACAUCACUUGAAUGUCCUGCAGGGAUCAAUAAAGCUUCAUCUUUUAUCAAUAAUAUCACAUUAUAAUUCAUCUGCUGAUUAUAUGUUUUUUAUUAUUAAUCAGAAUCUGCAAAGUAAACAGCUAAAGUUUUCAAUAAAGUUAGUGUAGUAAAUAGGACAAUAUUAGCAAUAUAAUAUAUGAAGUAGCAGAAAAUGGAAAUACUCAAGUAAACUAAGUAUAUCUCAAAACUGUACUUCAGUACUGCGAGAGAGAAAAUGUAAUUAGUUACUCUGCACCACUGGUCAUUUUGCCAACUGUACAAAUACCCAAUAAUUGUUUUCGCAUGUGCUUUUCGUCAUCGGAUGUUGUAGCAAACUGAACAUCUUUGUGACUUUUAGACUGUCAGGAAAUUCAAUAUGUGAAUUUUUUCAAGAACCAAGCAAUGAAUUGAGAAAAUAGCCAUUACUCAGUACGGAAAAUAAUCAAUAUUCUGGCAGCCCUAACUGAGUCUUUUUCUUUUCAGAACAAUAUAAAUAAAUGUCCCUUGUUAAAAUAACAUACUGUUCUAUGAUGACCAUGUUUCUUACGAUAAAUCCAUGUCCUUACAAGAUGACAAGUUUAAAAAAAAAUUAAAGUAUCUGCAAAUCUGAAAAUAAUCAAGAGAAAUUUGCUUGUCGUUAUAAGAAACAAAUCAGAUUUUUGUCUCAUGGUGGCAGUGUUAUGCUGCUGUCAGUGUCACACUAACAACUACCAGCUCUCGUCCUUUCCUUUGUGAAAGAAAUUAAACAUGAACACUUCACUGGGUUGAACAUUUAAUGUUUAGCAGGGAUGCCUCAGUAUGAGUUUGGAACAAGAAGCCUUUGACAUUAGCUGCCUUGGAAAUCUGUACUCUCUAGUAGCAUUCAUGCUUUAUUUCUGAUCCUUAUUACUGAAGAAUGCAAAGCAGCGUGAAACAGUUAAUUUUAGUUUUAAUAAAAAAAUAAAAAGUUUACUUUUCUGCCGUCAAUCUGAUCAACACUCAGCAAAAGCAGGUUAAAUGAUCAGAAUUAACAGCAACUAUUUAACACCACAUUUGAAAAAAGAGGGAACUGGAAACAUCCUGAGAUGUUUCUAUUUUCAAACAGCAAAAGGUUUCUGUUUUAAGAUUUAUGCUUUUAUUUGUUCGCUACAUUAUUUGUGUCCACUCUUUGUAACAUUGUCACUCAUUUAUCACUGCAUGUUGCAUGCCUUGUUUUCUGUCAUCCAGUCAAACGUGUGAUUGAAUGAAAAAUAUAUUUAUAUUAAUGUGAGAUUUUUCAUCAGUACUUUCAUUAUUCACACUUGUGUUUAUUCAGUGCAGUUGUUGGCUUCUAACGGGCGAUAUAUGCCGUUUUCGAUGUUUUGUUUUCAAAGCCAAACUAACUGCAAUGUUUGAUAAUCAUGAAGACAGUGUCAUACUGAUUUUGACAACAAUGCUGCAUAAAUUAAAUAUUUAUAUCAGAGUAAAUGCCUUAAUUGAAUCACAAUAAACAAUAUAGAACCUCAUCAAAAUUAUUAUUAAAUUCCUUAUAUAGUAUAUAAAGUUGAUUGUGAAUUUAUUUUUGCCGUACGAUGCGUCAUUUUUGAUUUUCAUGCCAUGUGACAUUUGUUAAUAUUUAAAUCAUAACCAAAUACAUUGACUGCCUUACCUUGUCUCCUAUUUGUAAAUGUAUACAUGCCAUGCUUAUGUAUAUUAUUAGUUGAUGUGUCUGCCUUUGAAAAAAAAAUUACAUACCAAUCCAAAAAAGA